AAAUCUUUGAAAUAAUAAUGGAAGUGACUGAAGGGAUCACUGAAGAAUUUGUGGAAGAGUUACAUAAUACGUACCUACUCUCCUUGAAUGAUACUAAGGACCAGUAUGCAAUAGGUUUCUUUAUGAAUGAUCAUCUGAAGCUGCCAGGGGCAUACUGGUGCAUUACAGCCCUCAAUUUGUUAGAUAAGUUAAAUGGGCAGAGGAAAGAUGAAAUGACUGAAUUCAUUAAAUCCUGACAAAAUGAGGAUGGAGGCAUCGGAGGUAAUGUAGGACAUGAUUCUCAUAUCACUUGAUGUCUAUAUGCAGUGUUGAUUCUCGCUCAGUACAAUGCUCUCGAUGCUAUUGACACCGAUGCUCUUGCCAAGUAUGUUGCUGAUUUACAGAAGGAAGAUGGAUCCUUCUCAGGAGACUCAAGGUUCUCAUAUACAGCCAUCUCUCUCCUUACCCUAUUGAAUAAGAUGGACCUGAUUGAUGUCAAAAAGGCAAGGGACUUUAUUCUCCUCUGAAAUAAUAUUGAUGGUGGCUAUGGAGCAAUCCCUGAUGCAGAAAGUCAUGCAGCCUACACCUUCUGAUGAAUAGGUGCUUUAGCUAUUUUAGGAGAUUUAGAUUUAGUUGAUAACGAAAAUUUAGGAAUCUGGAUCAGCCAAAGACAGACACUCCAAGGAGGAUUCAAUGGAAGACCUGAGAAACUACCAGAUGUCUGCUACUCUUGGUGGGUAAUGUCAGCUUGCUACAAUAUUGAACAAGAGAACUUAAUAAAUCUCGAAUCUCUUAAGAAGUACAUCCUUCAUUGACAAGAUCCAGAUAUGGGAGGAAUUGGAGACAGACCAGGAAACGAGGUUGAUGUAUUCCAUACCUAUUUUGGGAUUGCUGCUUUAUCUCUGAUGAAAGAAUACGAUCUGAAGCCAAUCUGUCCUAGAUUUGCCAUUCCAAAAGAAGUACUUGAAGAAGUAUUCCCCCACAUUAAGUAGAGUUCUAUAAAACAGAGAUUAAA